CCUUUCGCCUCCUUUCUCACAGGUCCGGGCGUGCGAGUCGCACCAGUAUCGAGACGGCCGUCGUAAACACUGCCCAUUAUCAACUUUGAAUUAGUCUCUUUACAAGGACUCGAACCGGCCGUCCUCCAGCCAUGGCAUCCGUCGCUUCACAAAACACCUCCCCGCACCCGUCACCAUACGACAUCGACUCGACGGGUGACACGGACGAAUCAUGGCAGUACAUCGACUACUCGAGCGGCGCAUCUGCUCCAGGGUCCGUGGGUUUCUUGCCCAGCCCUGCCAGCGGGAGCCUGAGCGGCUUCGCUAUUGUCGGCCACACGCACAUGUCCACCUCGCCGCCGCAGGUGUCUGUUUCGCCCUUGUCCAUGAUCGACCUAGAUCAGACCGUCUUUCUGCCCGCCGCCUCGUCCUCACUCCCGCAGCAGACUGAGCAUCUGGACUCGCACACGUUUGGAGCGACUCCUGGGGUGGAAUUUGCCCAGGGUGAUGCCUUUAUGACGCCACAACAGUAUCUGUUCCCGCGGACAGACGCCGCCGAGUUUACGCAACAAGAGUUGAAUGAAAUGGCACCGUACAUGGCAAACUUGACAGCGGAGUUCUUUCCAGAGCUUGAUCAGGCCAAUGCAGGACCCAGCUCCGGGUUGACCCCGGCGCAGAUAUUCAAGCACGGUCCCAUCCAGGAAUGGGAACCUUCGACUCAACAGCAAGGAGAGGGACAAGCCAUCUCAUUCGAAGACUUCGUACCAUCGCCGCAAGACCUUAGCAUCGGCUCAGUCAGCCCCGGUUCAUCAAGCUCCAAGUCGCCCGCCAUCAAGGCCGAGUCGCCUUCUGGCAAGCUUCCCGUCAGCACCCGCAAAGUCAAGGCCGGCAAGGUCGAGAAGAACAAGAAACCAGAGCAAUCGGGCAAGUUUGUCAUUAUGACUCCUACAUCGAUAAAUGCUCACGCUGGAAAACCCAACCCCUUUGAGUGCUUCGAGGCCAUGCGAGCAACGCAGCGAGGCCGAAAGGGCCCCCUGGCCAACGACACCAAAGAAAACGCGUUGCAAGUACGGCGGCUCGGCGCUUGCUUUUGCUGCCACAGCCGCAAGGUCAAGUGCGACAAGGAGCGGCCGUGCAAGCACUGCAAGAGGCUUAUGCUGCAAGUGCCCCAGCUGGUGUGCUGGCAGUUUCAGGACUUUUUGACGACCCUGUUCCCGGACUUCAUUCGCGGCCACUUUAGGAAAGACGAGAUGAGCCGGUUUCUGAGGGAGAACGUCGAAGGGUUUCACAUUGGCGGCGCUGAACAGACGUGCGAUGUCGAGCUCUUCUCCGGGCAACGCUUUGCUGCGACGCUUCCCAUUAGAGCCAAGUUCUUCACCGCCAAGACCUGUGAUGUCUUGCAACACUGGCAUCUUAACCUCGACAGGCCUCGGCUUGACAUUCAAGCGAAUAGCUCGGCCCCUAUAGGCAUCGAGUUCGGCAGCGGCACGCAGCGCGAGGACCUUCGAAGACGAGCAAAGUGCUAUAUCCAGGAGAUUGUCAACGAGCCGCAAUACGCCGAGCAGCUCACCGACUCGUUCCGUUCUACGAGUCUGCCGACCAAGAUUCUCAGAAUUGUGCAGCGUUAUGCACGGCAGUCAGAUUCUGCCAUGGUCAAACGUGCCCUGUCCAUAUAUGCCAUGCAAUACGUCAUGACGCGACAUCUCUGCUUAACGCGCCAGUCCAUUGUAUCCCUAGACGCGUCCAGCCUGGUGCCCCAGAACACGCCUUGGGUAACGCCCCGCGUUCUCGCGCGGCAGGUCAAGUCGCUCAUCGACGAGCUCAUCAUGCGCGAGAUGCAGCUGCUAUUCGAGUGCUUUUCCAAAUCCCUCAAGCCCAAGCACAGGCGGGAGUGGGCCCCUUGCAUGGCGUCCUUUCUCGUGCUGUGCCUUUUCAUGGAAGCCGUGGAGACGACGACGGAGAACUUUGCUAUGUCGCAGAACGAGAUCAACCUACGCACAAAUACGACGCCCGAGUACAAGCCGGAGUUUGCGCUCAAUAUGUGCAAGGAGCUAGAGAAUAUGCCAUUCAAGCAAUUUGCGUACCAGUUCCACAACAUCUAUCAGACUCACACCAAGGACGCCAAUUCCAAGAGCUUUAACCCGCUGUUUGACAGCGAGUGUAUGGAGCAGGAAGAGCUUGACGGGCCGGCAGCGGAAAUGCUGGAGGCCUUGAGAGGGCUCUUGCAUGGAGAAGACUGGCGGGAAAUACAGUUUUUAGCCGACGACGGUAUCCUAUUAAGCCGAGACGCAAACUCGACACCUAUCGAUGCGUCGUUUUUGUACACUGGGCGGCUGGUGGCCAAGUUCCUGCUGUCCUUUACGGACGAACAAGUCAUCUUCGGAAGCAGCCUUUAGGUGAUGAGUGGACGGGCGUAAUUAUAUCUUGGCGUAGACCGGGCAUGCUGUUAUGACGAAACGACACGGCGCAGGCUUGAACAUUGUCAUAGGGCAGGGUUGGAUAGAGCGACGGCACAAUCUACUAGCGAUUGAAUGAACGAAAUGAAGGGCAUGUUCGUCCGAUUUUAGUCCUGAGGCCACACUUGAAUCAAUGGCAGCAGGGUGGAGCGGACCGGUUGUCUAGACCUUGGGUUAAAUCUCCCACAUACGAACGAAGAUAUAAAGUUGA